UUAUCGGUCACUAAAAAGAGCCGGCUCUUUGAACCGACUCGUCAGUGACCGACACAUCACUAACUGGACCGUAGUGUGGAUGAGCAGCAGCUAAUGGCUGACUGGGAGCUCUGGAUUAGCUAACUGUUCACGCCUCUGUUUCUGAUGUGGGCACUUGUAUUGGUGAACUGUUCCUGAAGCUGCACUUGGAAGACAGAGCAUACCAAGUGCCAAGCCGUGUGGGUUGGCCAGCCGCUCUGCAACAUGUCCAAGAACAAGAGCCCUGAGUCGGUCAAGGUGGUGGUCCGUUGUCGCCCUAUGAAUGAAAAGGAGCAGGCAGCCAAGUUUGAAAGGGUGGUCACCGUCGAUGUGAAAUUGGGCCAAAUUAUGGUCAGGAACCCCAGGGAGGCCUCAGCCAAUGAACACCCCAAAGUCUUCACUUUUGAUUCAGUCUACGACUGGAACUCCAAACAAAUAGAUUUGUACGAUGAAACCUUCAGGCCCUUGGUGGAUUCAGUUCUAUUUGGGUUCAACGGGACCAUUUUUGCCUAUGGGCAGACCGGUACAGGGAAAACAUACACUAUGGAGGGGGUCAGAAAUGAUCUAGAGAGGAGAGGGGUGAUCCCUAACUCCUUUGAUCAUGUUUUCACUCACAUUUCACGCUCCCAGAAUCAGCAGUACCUGGUGAGAGCAUCAUAUCUAGAAAUUUACCAAGAGGAGAUCAAAGACUUGCUCGCCAAAGACCAGACACGUCGUCUCGAGCUCAGGGAGAGGCCCGACACCGGAGUGUAUGUUAAAGACCUUUCAUCAUUUAUCACCAAGAGUGCGCCGGAGAUCGAACAUGUCAUGAAUGUGGGCAACCAGAAUCGUUCGGUGGGUGCCACUAACAUGAAUGAACACAGCUCCCGUUCUCACGCCAUCUUUGUCAUCACUGUUGAGUGCAGCGAGUUGGGUGUUGACGGGGAGAACCAUAUCAGAGUUGGCAAACUGAACCUGGUAGAUUUAGCCGGUAGUGAAAGGCAGACCAAGACCGGUGCUCAGGGGGAGAGGCUUAAAGAAGCCACAAAGAUCAAUCUGUCGCUUUCGGCUCUGGGGAAUGUCAUAUCAGCUCUGGUGGAUGGCAGGAGCAGCCACAUCCCCUACCGAGACUCAAAACUCACCCGUCUGCUGCAGGACUCUCUGGGGGGCAAUGCCCGCACGGUCAUGGUUGCCAACAUCGGCCCAGCUUCCUACAAUGUGGAGGAGACCUUGACAACGCUGCGCUAUUCCAACAGGGCCAAGAACAUCAAGAAUAAACCACGUAUCAACGAGGACCCCAAGGAUGCCCUGCUCAGGAAGUUUCAGGAGGAGAUCGCGAGGCUGAAAGCACAGCUGGAAAAUCGCUCAGGUAAGAAGAAAAAGAGGAGGCAGAGGAGGCGGGCCGGGGAAGGGAGCGAUGGUGAGGAUCUGGAGGACGGAGAGACAGAAGACGACGAUGAAGAAAGGGACGACAAAGGGGAUUACUGGCGGGAGCAGCAGGAGAAGCUGGAGAGAGAAAGAAAGGCUAUCAUGGAGGAUCACAGUCUAGUGGCUGAGGAGAAAGUUCUGCUGCUUAAAGAGAAAGAGAAGAAAAUGGAAGCUCUGAAGAGGGAGAGGGAUGCCGGAGAGAUGCUUGCGGCCAAAGUGAAGGAGAUGGAGAGUAAGCUCCUAGUAGGGGGGAAGAACAUUGUGGAUCACACAAAUGAGCAACAGAAAAUGCUGGAGCUGAAGAGGCAGGAAAUCGCUGAACAGAAACGGCGAGAGCGAGAGAUGCAGCAGCAGAUGGAGUGUCGGGACGAAGAAACUCUGGAGCUGAAGGAGACCUACAGUUCUCUGCAGCAGGAGGUCGACAUCAAAACCAAGAAGCUGAAAAAGCUGUUUGCCAAGCUGCAGGCCGUGAAGGCAGAAAUCCAUGACAUCCAGGAGGCACACAUCAACGAGCGCCAGGAGCUGGAACAGACCCAGAACGAGCUCACCAGGGACCUCAAACUCAAGCAUCUGAUCAUCGAGAACUUCAUUCCCUUAGAGGAGAAGAACAAAAUAGUCAACAGGGCUUACUUUGAUGAGGAGGAUGAAUACUGGAAAAUGAAGCCCAUCACACGUAUAGAGGAUGACCAUCAGAUGAUGUCCAGGCCUUUGUCUGCGGUUGGCUACAGGAGGCCUCUCAGUCACCACGCCCACAUGGCCAUGAUGAUGAGGCCCGACAUGAGAUACAAAGCUGAAAACAUCAUGCUGCUGGAUAUGGAUCUGCCCGCUCGGACCACUAAAGAGUACCAGGAGCCCGUUAUCGCCCCAAAGGUGGCGGCAGCUCUGGAGAACGCUCUUCGGGAUGAGGACGAGAUUCAAGUAGAUGCUUCUGGCUUUCACAGCAGCUUGGGAUCAACCCCGCCCGCCAGCGGCAGCCUCAGAAAACCAAAGUCUGGUCGACCAAGAACAGGCAAGAAGUCGAGCACCCCGACCUCUCCAUUCAGUCCCUCAAGUCCAGGAUCCCCGCUUUACCCACAAUCCCGCGGCCUGGUGCCCAAGUGACAGCUUUUACUACCACCAACCUCUCUCUCGUGCACCUUUCCACUUUGGGAUUCAACUUUGAGAGAACGGGUUUUGUUUUUGCCUGAGUCGUUUUUUUGUCGAGAUGACAGAAUAUUCUGGAUUCUGCAAAGAGAAAACUUAAAAGACUAAUGCUGCUUUGAGGUUUUAACUGUAACCACACCACUAUUAACUGUUACUGUCAUAAACAUUUCAUCUUGGGAGAUUUGAAGACCCUCAUCCUGAGAGUGAGUCAGUACAACACCGGGACAGCAGCUACGCAUGAAGCCUCACGUCACUCUACACUGCUGUUACCUUUACGUACAUUUGGCUUCAUGCCACUCAUGUCAUAUACACACACAGUAUAUCACAAUGUUCUUAAUGUAUAGAGAAAAUAGACUGCAGUAUCCUCAAUGCACUUCUUCCUAUCUUCCCAGAUCUGUGUUGGGUGUUGUAGUCCACUCUUACUGUAAGUGUGGACAUUGUUAGGAGGGGUGGUGGGGUUGACCUAAAGACAUAUGGAAUAGGCAGCUCUGCUGCGCUUGUCACCAACAGGCCGUGUGUGCAUGUUCGUCAAUUUGUUGUUAUACGGUAUGUCUGGCCUCAUAUCUGAGCGUCUUUACGUCAAACUCUUCCGGUUUAUGUCAAACUGCGCUGUUGUUUCCAUUGUAGAAGCUCUGGUAAUGUUAGAAUGGAGCUUUAAGUCUUUCGUGUGUGUUUUUUUGUGUCUUAAGGGAAUACUACAACAUUUUGGGAAAUAAGCUUAUUUGCUUUUUUGCAGAGAAUUAGACCAGAAGAUCGAUAACACAUCCCCAAAAAAACAAAAUAUUGGUAGGUGGAUGGACCGAGCUAACUGUUAGCCCCCUGCUUCCAGUUUUUAUGCUAAGCUUAGCUAAUCACAAAUAAGUGUAUUUCUUAAAAAUGUCGACUUAUUCCUUUAACUCUGUGUAUGAUUGUAAAUGCACGGGCCAGAAAGUGAAGCACACUUACAGGCGUGGCCUCUGUCAUAAGUUGCUGUAAUCAGUAGAUGCUGUUCUUCCUGGGGCAUACGAGAUGGAGGUGGGGAACGCUGGGAGAGAGAGAGAGAGCUCAACACAUUUACACACCCGCUGUGGACACAUUCUAGGCCGCAGGACAUUGCAGUUGGCCGCCAGACAUCCUAAGCAGAUCAAUGCCGACCAUACCACACCCCCUGGGGUCACUUCAGAGUUACUGUCCUGGAAUGUGCCUCGGAUUCAUCAGGGUUCCAAGGUGCCUUAACCCGUGUCCUUAAUCUCUGCUCCUUUAUUUGAAGUGUGCACACAUAUUCUUCACGGCCUGUGUCUUUUUCCAUCACUUCAUCUACUCAUUCAUUCCAGCAUCAGGGGGAUUGUUGGCGUAGUCCUGACAUUCCCGUCAGAAUGGGGUGCACUCAUUAUAUGGAGAGGCAGAGCAUUUGGACACGGCAUUCAACGACCCCCCCCCCAGGUUUCAAGGUAAGGUGCCACAGGAAGUCAAGGCACGCAGAGGGUGAUGUAUUCCCCCUCUGUUUGUUUUACCUCAUUUACCUCUGUAUGGGUCUGAGUGGUCCUCGGAAAGAACUGAUUGGUUCUAACAGAAGACUAAAACCUGUUAGGGAGUGAUGAGCUCUUCACAUUACCGCGGUGCCGCCACAAAACUCAGUCGACACACUAUGGACUUCAUUCGAAUACACAAGUCAUUCCAACUGUUUGCCUACAGAUGAAUAAUAUGCAGUUUUUAACCUCCACGGUUCAGCCUGUCUCUGCUGCUCUCUGUUCCCCAUACUCAAAACUGUAAGGGGCGUGCUGUCCUCUCGCUGCUACUGUGUAGGGUUUUACAACCCACUGUGACAUUUCAACAGGCCUGGGUCAAACGGCAACUGAAAUCCUCUCAAAUACAGUGAUGUGUGCAGUUGAUUGUCUGUUUAAGAGCCAACAACCAUCAAGUUGUCAGUCAAUUGUUAAAAAUUGAACGUUGUGAAAACUAAAGAAUCUCUCUUGCUGUUUGACCCGUGUCUGCAUACCUUAUGUAUUUACAUAUGUAAUAAUUAAUAUAGACUUGUUGAUAGGCAAUCCUCAGUCACUUUUACAGAUAUAUAAAAAAAAAAGUACAAAAAUGGGUAUCCGUAUUUAAAAAAAAAAAAAAAAAAAAUCUAACUUAUAAUCUUUCAUUUUUAUAUACAGAUUUAGAUAUAAUUUUCUAUUCAGUUUUUUUUUCUUUAAAAUAGAUUAUCGUUUUAUUUUUUGAGCUUUGUAAUUUAAUGUUGAGAUUUUAUUGUAUGCGUCAUACAUCUACUAUGUGUCUUCUUUUGUAUUCAGCAAGGUACAGGCUUUUUUUUGUUUGUUUGUGUAUACACUUACACACAAACAUGCUUUAGUCAAUAAGUUCUCCAUACGAAAGAUAAAAGCGAUAUAUCUGUUGCACAUUGUCGAUUUGGUGCAAACUGUUUAUAGAAAGAGGAGAGAGAGUAGACUGAUACAGGUCACAGUGGAGUAUUUACAUGUUCACUGUACAUUAAACGUCAUAAACACAAACAUAAUCUUUAGAAUAAGGCCUAAUUGUAACACUGCAACGCUGUAUGUCUGCCGCAUGAUUUUAGAAAGCUUGAGUAAUACCUUUGGUUUUGUGAGUAUUCAUCAUUCAUAGGAAUUUGGUAAGCAAAAUGUGAAUACCUUUGCAUCUGUAUCGCAUAGCUGCAUCACUGGAUCCAAACUCCAUAUCUUAGAGUUCUGUGACCAACCUUUAUGUGCUGGUGGUUUUUAUAGCCAAAUGACGAUUACGUUGAUGCACUUCUGUAUGUGGCUGGCCAGGUCUUUAGCUUGUUUAGUUUCUUUUGAUGAUUAAAGACAAUUCACUGAGAGAAA